UUCCGAUAAUUUAGAGUAUAUUUUAUUCUAAUAUAUAUAUAUAUAAAUUUGGGAAGAGAAACGACAAAGCAUUUCAAAAACGUGAUCUUCUAGAUGAAUCUUGCAGAAAGAUAACUAUAUCCAAUCCUUAAAUUUUGGGGAUAAAACUUCCUCGAAUCAUAAUAAAUCGCGUAAAAUAAGUCCGCGAUGGCGAACCACCAGGAAUUGGUAGCGGAAAUGCUCCUGCUUGAGCAACUUCCGGCCCAAGAAAGACUGAAGCUUGCUCACAAGCGCAGAAUGCAACAAAUUCAAAAAUGGUUAGACUACGAAAACAAUGUCGUUCACAUUACCCCCGUCAAUAAAAAUUCUAAGAAGAAAUCGCCCAAAAACUUACGAACUUGGCAGAGUUGCGGGAGCGAUACGGAAAGCUGUUCCGGAGCAGAACCGCACGAGCUUAACGGAUUUUUCCCGGAAAAUCUUAAGAAGCUCACUAUCGCAGAUCUCAAAGCUAUGGACUCUGACAGUAAUCAAAAGCAGAAUCUCGCGCCAAAAUCCCACAAAUCCGAAACAAAUCCCCCCGAUGCCAAACAAAAUGGCAAUUAUUUUUACUAUUACGAGGAUGAGCAACACGAUCCCCACUCCCCCGCUCCAAAUAGAGAGGACGAAUAUUCCGAUAUGAGAGGAUUGCACAUGGAAGAAAGAUACUAUCCCGACAUAAUAACUUCGGCCAAAUUAUCCGAUAUUCCCGGAAACAACAAUCAUGAACCGAAACUGAGCAAUGGUCAAAUAGCGAGGGUCGAAGAAAAUAAUAACGGAAAUUACGAACGUACAGCGGUCCAAGAUUCGCGCGGUCAUCUCGAAAGUUCUCGAAACGGGGGAAAUUACGAUUAUUCUUUACCCCCCAACUUAUUUAAUUCCUUCGCCCAAGACGCUACCGACGACGCCUCUCCCAAUUAUUCGCUCUCCCUCGAAAACAUCCUCAAAAGCCCGGUCAAGAUUAAAUCCUCUAGCCAUCAUAACGUUCUUCACAAUUCUCAACGCACAUCUGCCCCCUCUGCCGCCAAACCGAUAACGCUUAGAGCCGCCGGCAGCAAAUCUCCCUCACAAAUUCUUGAUUACGCGAACGCGGAGCCCGCUUCUCACGCGAUAACAGACGCCUAUAACAAUCAUAACACUACUGGCACGGGCGGAGAUGAAGAUUCCCAACACCAUAUCCCUUCCAACAUGAUUAUCCAUAAUGGCCUCAACUAUGACGAUAACGAAAAUAAAUUAAAUUACAAUGACAACGGGGAGGCCAAAAAUUUCGAAUUCCACGAUAAAAAUAAUAUUAAUGUAAAAGACGAUAAUGGGAGUAGCCAUAAAGCCGAUAAAAAUAUUAUUGAUAAAAUAAUCGGCAAAAGUAAUGUUAAAAAUAAUAACAAUAAUAACGCAGCAAAAAUUAAUCGUUACAAAUCGCACAAGGAAGAGAGGGAUAUGAAAGAAAGAAUAUCGGGGGAAAAAUUUGCUAAGGGCGCCCAUAGGAGAAGCAAGAAUGUCAAAUUCGUUCCAGGGAUCAUCUUAUUAGAAGCGGCUUCUAGGAAUGAUUUGGAUGAAGUUAGAGAAUUACUGGAAAGCGGUAUAGAUCCUAACGUGUCAAACGCCGACGGCUUGACAGCUCUCCAUCAAUGUUGCAUAGACGAUUACUACCAGAUGGUAGAGCUUUUGCUACUCCAUGGAGCCGACAUAAACGCUUGCGAUACAGAAUUGUGGACCCCGAUACACGCUGCAGCUACCUGCGGACACGCCAAUCUCAUCAAAUUAUUCGCCGAUAGGGGUGCCAACUUGUUAGCACUAAAUGCUGACGGAAACAUGCCUUAUGACAUGUGCGAGGAAGAGCUUGCCUUAGAUAUACUUGAGACCGAAAUGUCUAACAAAGGUAUAACUCAAGAAGAUAUAGACAUAGCCAGAACAUUUCCAGAAAAACUCAUGCUAAACGAUCUCAUACAAACUAAAGAGUCAGGCCUAUCCCUAGAAGUCAGGGACUCCAGGGGAAUAUCUCCGCUCCAUAUAGCCAGCGCGAAUGGUUACUUAUCGGCGGUGGAAUUUCUGCUGGAGAAUGACGUUCACGUCAAUUGUCAAGACAACGAUUUGUGGACCCCCCUUCACGCCGCCUCUUUUUGGGGACAACCCUUAAUCAUAGAAUGCCUUAUCAACAAAGAUGCAGAUAUAGAAGCAAAAAAUAAAGAUGGAGAGACUCCCAUAGAUAUUUGCGAGGAUCCGGAGAUCAAAGAACGUUUGCUGGAUAUCAAAGCGGAAAUGGAACAAAAUAAAAUCUUGAAUAGCAAGAAUUUCUGGCUCCAUCCCAAUAACAAUAGGAUCUCCAAUAGAAGAAACUCUUCUAUUAGAAGAUCCAGCAUCCGAGAUAAGAACGCUCUCUCCAGACGGGAAAUAAUAGAAGAAGCCAAGAUUAGGCAAUUUAAUCAUUCUUUAAUGGACGAAAAAGAACAGCCUGUUAAACUGGAGAAGUUAACUCCCUUGAGAGAUUCAUCCACCGAAAUUCCAGAUUCUUCCAUCGAUAAUCCUUAUUUAUCAAAUCAAAAUAACCACAAAAGCAUUUUGGUGCAACAAUCGAAGGCAAAUGAUCCUGUGAACUCGAAUGCAGAAGAUCUAACCAUGUCAAUCAACAAUAAUAAAGAAGGGACCACAGUUGCUGAUAAUAAUACGGCUGCGCAAAAUAAUAACCAUGUGGAGGGCGAUAGCGAAGGGGGAACUAAAACCGAGCCCUCGAAGGGGAAAAUAAUGUUUCAAGCUCUCCGGUUGGUAUCCAAGAUGAAACGUCACGGUGCCGCUUCGGGUUUAGUCUCUACCGAAACUAAUAGUUUGUCGGAAGCCAAGGUCAGCGUUUACGAUAAUUACGAAGCGAGUUGCGGUAAAGAGGCCGCGAUUAACGGGGAGAUACUUAGAGCCGGUGAUUGUACGGAAAAAAGGUUAUUGCCUGAUCUGAAAAGAGCUAGGCGCGCUAUGAAGGAAGGAGAUUCCAAGACCGAACGAGCCUCUUGGUCACUGCUUCAACUUUACGAAGACGGUAUCGAAGAAGAGGGAGAAAAGAAUGAUAGUAAUAAUAGUAAUAGCAAUCCUGAAGCCGGAAAAGAAGGGAACUUCAAGGAAUCGUCCAAGAAAGAAGAAGACGAAGAUUCCAAGAGUCCAUACGGUACCCUCAGCAAAAACGACCCCGCUUUGAGUGUGAGAACUGUUAAGCCUCCCAGAAGCCCUAUCAUAACAAAUUCCACUGCUAAUAACGUUACUGUAGAUCACACCCAAACGGGCAAAAAUUAUGACAAAUCCAAUAAUUUCGAAUGCUGCAUCAUAUUGUAAAAAAAAAAAAAAUAACUGAGAAGAUACGGUGUUAUUUUUUGGGGUAGAAUGAUUGUAAAUAUAAAGGCUCAGUUUGUGCAUCCUCUCUUCAAUACAAGAUGGAUAUUUUGUUUUUUUAUUCCAUACAAUCCAUACAACAUGCUAAAAAAAAAUAAAAAGAAAAAUGAAAAACGGAUCACCUUGAUAAUUUUUGGUCAAUAAAUUGUUAUUGUUAGUGUUGUUAAACGGCUAGGUCAAUAUUUUAGCCAGAAAAAUAUUGCCUAAUCCUGGAGAUUUCGAUAAUAUAUGUCUAGAUAUUUGUUCCUUCUACAAAGCAAAAUCUUCAGGCUUGAGUAAUAUUUUUCUGGACGAAGUAUUGAGUUUUUAACAUCACUAGUUAUUAUAAAUAAAUCAUGAAUCGAGAACAUAAUUAUAAUGUAAAAUAUUUAUAUAAAAUUAAAUAAUCUUUUUUUUCCCUUUUUAUAUUAAUUUAUUUUUAAUCUUUGUGUAGGUUUCAUAUUUUUUUUUUUAAAUUUCAAAAACUAAAAUUGAUAUCCCUAUGCGAGUCAACAUAUGAAUUAUUCGAUAUCCGUGAUUAUUCGAUAUCCGUGAUUAUUCGAUAUCCGUGAUUAUUCGAUAUCCGUGAUUAUUCGAUAGGGAAUACGGAUCAAAUAAUGCAUUUUGUAAUCGCCCUACUUUUAUAAAGGAACAAUAAAAAAAAUGGCCCAAUGUAGCAACUUAAUUUUUGGUUUCAUCAUACGCUGUAUAAAAAUAUGUAUCUUUUUUUUAAAAAAAAUUUGGUUAUUUUACUUGUAUAUUUUUUUUAAAUAUAUAUAUAUUUAUACACGACA